AUGAAGCUAGAGGUAUCUAUCCAUGCAUCCAAGCUUAAGAAUGUGGCAGGCGCAUUCAAAGGCACAUCGGAUCCCUUUGCGGUGGUAACCAAAUUAUCGACCACACCAGGCGAAAAGCCCGUCGUGCUGGGAAAGACAGAAGUGAUAAAUGACAGCCUCAGUCCGGAUUGGGUGAAGGUCUUUACUCUGGAAUAUUCCAUGGGAACGCCAUGUAAAAUUGCCAUUAAUCUGUUUGAUGAAGUCCAAGAAGGGAAAAAUCUAUCUAUGGGCCAAAAACUGAAAAAGGGUGGAACGAUCUAUGUGGCCAUUCGCAAGUCACAAAGCUCAGGAACCUUCAGGUUCAAAUUCAAGGGUACAAAACUGAAAAACGUGGAAGGAUUCUUUGGCACAAGCGAUCCCUUCUUUGAAAUUGCUCGAAAGGUAGAGUCUUCAGGAAGUCAAAGAUGGGACAAUGUCUUCCGUUCGGAGGAUAUACGCAACAAUCUAAACCCAGAGUGGAAAGAAGCAACCAUGGAUCUGAGCGCUCUCUGCGGUGGUGACCUGGACCUGCCUCUAGAAAUCAGCGUCUUUGACCACGAAAAGAGCGGCAAGCAUGACCCCAUGGGACGUUUCGAGACCAGUGUGAACGGUCUGAUCAACGCCUCCAAGAGCAAUAGCAGCCUAACGCUGACCAACAAACACAAACAUUCCGGCACGAUCGAAAUCCUGACGGCGGACGUCAGUGGCAUCCAGCAAAUCACCCAGGGUAUGCAGCAAAUGACAUUCUCUCCGCCGCCUCCUACACCCGCCUCUCGAGCCACGUUUGUCGACUACGUGAGCGGUGGGUGUGAAUUGAAUGUAGUGGUUGCCAUUGAUUUCACUGGAAGCAAUGGAGAUCCUCGAAAACCAGGAGCCUUGCAUCACAUUGAUGCCAAUUCCAGGAACCAGUACGAGCAGGCAAUGGCCGCUCUAGUGUCCAUCCUGCUCAAAUACGACAGUGAUCAGAUGAUUCCAGUGGUGGGGUUUGGAGCCAAGUAUGGCGGUGUUGUCCGUCAUUGUUUCCAGUGCGGGCCAACACCUGAAGCUCAUGGUUUGAACGGAGUGAUGGAAGGCUACAAUGCCGUGUUCAGGAGUGGACUGAUCAUGAGUGGACCUACUGUAUUCACAGAAGUCAUGGAAAUGGCAGCAUCUCGAGCCCAAAGCGCUCAACAGGCAGCGGCCGCCAAAGGGAAACAAGCCUACAUGGUGCUCCUGAUCCUUACAGACGGAGCUGUUUCAGAUGUAAACGCCACGGCUGCAUGUUUGAGCAGGAUCAAUGACAACCCUCUCAGUAUAGUGAUUGUGGGAGUUGGUAAUGCAGACUUUGGAGCGAUGCAGUUCUUAGAUGACGUCAAUGCUGGAGCCAAUGGCCGACGCGAUAUUGCACAGUUUGUAGCCUUCAAUCAGCAUGCACAUUCCAGCCAUUCCCUGACGAAUGCAACUCUUGCUGAGAUUCCGCAACAAUUGCAAGGAUACUUUCAGAGCAAGGGCAUUGCCCCACUUCCACCCGUCAUGCGACAAGAUGAAGAAAUCGUUGUUGGGGAGGCAGAGGAUGAAAUUGAUCUGAGCUUGGAUAUUGGAGCAGGCGAAGAAGAAAUUGUGAUUACGUCGGGAGGAGACGACUUUGUCAAUGGUUUCAACGCUUCUUAG